GUAAAAAAAAAAAACCCAAAAUCAGUUCUUUUGUCUUUUUUCUUCACACAGAUGCGAGUCGAAGAACCCUCAUCAAUCGCCAUCUCUCCAAAAAAGGAAAAUGCAUCCUCUGUCCUCUUCACCAUCAUCUCCGUCACCGUUAUCUAACGCCGACAGCAGUGUGUCAGCGGAGCGCCGUCUACGUGAGGCAGAGGAGCGUUUAAGAGAGGCAAUUGAAGAGCUUCAACGCCGUCAACGUCGUGCACGUAGUAUUUACCCGCCUUGUGACCAUGCUGAUGAAUCAUCAUGCGUUGCUAAUGCUAUUGGUAAUGUUUGUCAGAGUUUUCUUCUCUCUUAUGGUGUCCGUGUUGGUAUUGGAAUACUCCUCCGCGCUUUUAAACUCGCUCGUCGACACUCUUAUUCCUCCUUACUUGAUCUCAAGCAACUUGUCUCUGAAAAAGAUCUAAUUGUAAGAGAGGAAGCAUGUCGAAUUGGUCUGCUCUUUGGGGGAUUUACUGGUUCCUAUCAUGCUCUAAGAUGCUUGCUAAGAAAGCUGAGAAGAAAAGAGACACCCUUAAAUGCAAUUUUAGCAGGUUCAGUGGCAGGUCUGUCUAUUUUAGCAUUAGAUGAUUCCAACAGGCGGCGGACUCUUGCCUUGUAUCUUCUGGCAAGGCUAUCACAGUGUGCGUAUAAUUCUGCCAAAUCCAAGAACCGGUUUCAUCUCUGGGGAAGUCACUGGAGUCAUGGAGAUUCUUUACUCUUUGCAUUGGCAUGUGCCCAGGUUAUGUACUCCUUCAUAAUGCGUCCUGAGAGCCUUCCGAAAGCAUAUAGAGAUUUCAUUCAGAAGACUGGGCCAGUUGCAGCACCAGUCUACAAAGCUGUUAAGGAUUGCUGUAGAGGCUCUCCAGUUGAUGUUGCUUCAUUACAUGCCUAUUUGUCCAAAGCAAAGGGUUCUACUACCAUGAAGUUGGAAGAAUUUCCCUCUAUUAUACCGUGCUCUGUAAUUCACCCAGGGACCAAGUCUUGCUUAGUUCAUGAUGCUAAUGCAGCAGCAGCAACUUUCCGGAAAACAUUUCCUCUUUACUUCUCUUUGACUUUUGUGCCCUUUGUCGUUCUACGCUUGCAGAAGUUUAUGGAUGCUCCUACACGCACCUGUUGGUAUGCUCUUACAGGGGCUGUUCGCUCGACAACCUUCUUGUCCGCCUUUGUUGGAAUCUUCCAGGCUGUCAUAUGUUCUCACCGGAAGGUGGCAUCAAAGGACCAUAAGCUUGUAUAUUGGGUAGCUGGGGCUCUUUCGGGCCUCUCUGUGUUGCUGGAGAAGAAAGCUAGACGUGGAGAACUUGCCUUAUAUGUUCUUCCUCGAGCUGCAGAUUCUUUGUGGUAUAUACUAGUGAAUCGCCAUUUGCUUCCGGAUAUCAAGAAUGCAGAGGUGCCCUUGUUUUGUGCCUGUAUGGGGGGUAUUAUGUACUACCUGGAGCACGAACCAGACACCAUGGCUCCCUUCCUCAGAGGCCUGAUCCGCCGCUUCCUUGCUAGCAGAAUCAGCAAUCCUGCUCCACCAUCAAAUAGAAGUGCCUCCUAUACAUAUCUACACACUCUCGAUGCCAUGAAGGAGCCAAAAAUGCCAGAAAACCGAGAGGCUGAAACUUUAACUGCAGAGAAAUACAAUCUUGAAUCAAUACCAGGACUUUGAGCAACUUUUUGACGCUCAGGCCAUGUUUUUUCCAUUCAUCAUCCCAUUUCAUAUUGGUUACCUGGCAGCUAUUGCAUGUUCAUUUUGAUUAAAAUAGAACUCUGGUCAAGCUUAUAUUCCCCCCUCUUCUUUACAUAAUUGAUCCAUGGCAUAAAAUUCUCAUUGUAUGUAGGUGAAAGCCAGUAAUUCUGGUGAGAUAGAAUCUAAUCAGAUCUUGUAAAUAAAUGUAGCUUACCAAUAGAUUUUGCUAACCUGGUGGUCAGUUUUAACUGCUGCAGUAGAUAGAACUUUAUUCUA